CUAGAUAAUACGCAGCAGUGUAUUGUAGUGGUGCUAGUGUAGCAGACUAUUUGGGUUUCAGACUUUGUAUAAUUCUCGAAUUCCUCCUGAGGGAUAGAGACUAUUUGGACACUGGGAACACGUCGGCGCACCUAGCCUACGGCAGCAAUGAAUUCACGCGGUUUCCGGUUCUUCGUCGCUAUCUCUGAGCUGAAGAAGACUGUAACAGUAUGUAUAACGUUAGUAGCUAACUAGAGCAGUCGACUGUUUUCAUACCUGGGUUUGCAGAAAAGUAAAGCAUGACAACGUCCUCCGCGGGGUAAAACUACGACUGGCUAUAUUAUGUUAUGAGCCAGGCCCUGUCCAGCCCUGUCACUUUGAUCUGUGAGAGCGAGGAGAGAGCCCUCAGAUAAUGGCCCAUAGGAUAAGCAGUAGAAAAACAACUGAGGAGCAUCUGUUAGUGGAUCCAGUCCAUGUCAACCUUCAGAACUCCUCCCAAAAAGACAUCUGACUUCUGCCGAAAGAUCCCAGUGAGAGUGUCUGCAUCAUGAGGCUGGUGUGGAAGUCCCUGGACAAGAUGAGGUGUUUCCGUAAACGCUCCAUCAUCCCCUUCCUGGGGGUCCUGAUCACCUGUUUACUCUUCCUCAAUCUGUACAUUGAGGAUGGGUAUGUGCUGGAGGAGGACAAAAGGCAACUGAGAGAAACGUCCAUGCAUCCUUCAAACUCUGAGAGAUAUGUUCACACCUUUAGAGACCUCACUAAUUUCUCUGGAACCAUAAACGUCACAUAUCGUUACCUCGCCGGAACCCCUUUGCCUCGAAAGAAAUAUCUAACCAUUGGACUGUCGUCUGUCAAAAGAAAAAGAGGGAAUUACCUCAUGGAGACGAUCAAAUCCAUUUUCGACCAGUCCAGUUAUGAGGAGCUGAAAGAGAUUGUGGUGGUUGUUCACCUGGCGGACUUUGACCUGGCCUGGUGUGAAAACCUGGUGCAGGACAUCUCCAGGAAGUUUGCCCACCACAUCAUCGCUGGACAUCUCCUGGUGAUCCAUGCCCCUGAGGAGUACUACCCAUCACUGGAUGGGCUGAAAAGGAACUACGACGACCCAGAGGACAGGGUACGCUUCCGCUCCAAGCAGAACGUGGACUACGCCUUCCUUCUCAACUUCUGCACCAACCUCUCAGAUUUUUACAUGAUGCUGGAGGACGAUGUGCUCUGCUCAAGGAACUUCCUGACAUCCCUGAAGAAGGUGGUCACUUCCAGGGAAGGCUCCUACUGGGUGAUGCUGGAAUUCUCCAAGCUUGGCUACAUAGGGAAGCUCUACCACUCAAGAGACCUUCCGCGCCUGGCCCACUUCCUGCUCAUGUUCUACCAGGAGAUGCCUUGCGACUGGCUCCUUAUUCACUUCCGGGGCCUGUUGGCCCAGAAAGAUGUGAUCCGCUUCAAGCCCUCUCUGUUCCAGCACAUGGGCUACUACUCCUCAUAUAAGGGAGCAGAGAACAAGUUGAAGGAUGAUGACUUUGAAGAGGACUCUAUUGAUAUCCCUGACAACCCUCCUGCCAGCCUGUACACUAACAUUAAUGUAUUUGAAAACUAUGACGCCACCAAGGCUUAUAGCAGUGUGGACGAAUACUUUUGGGGGAAACCCCCCUCUACCGGAGACUUCUUUGUCAUAAUAUUUAACAAAUCAACUAAAAUAAGCAAAAUCAAAAUCUUGACAGGAACGGACGAUCGUCAGAAUGAUAUCCUGCACCAUGGAGCUCUGGAAGUAGGAGAGAAGCUGGUGGGGACAAAGAGAGGAAGGCAGUGUUCUUCCUACAUCACGUUAGGGGAGUUUAAAAAUGGCAACAUUGACGUUCAAGACGUGGACCACAAGAUUGCCUUUGACAUUGAGUGUGUUCGUAUUGUGGUGACUGCCAGUCAGAAAGAAUGGCUGAUUAUUAGGAGUAUAAGCUUGUGGACUACACAACCCCCCAGUCAAUGAGAACAACACAGAAACUAUCAUCAUAUCAUGUAGGCAACAGUUGGUUUACUAAUUCAUUUGAUAAUGUAUUCAUUUAUUGUUGCAUGUGUUAAUUGAUUUAAUUCAUUAUUUUACCCAUUUAUUUAUUUAAUUUUAUAGUAUAUGUAUUUAUAUUUGUAUCUACAAAUCAAUCUAGAGUUUUUAUAUUUGAAAGUAUACUUUAUUGCUUUUUAAAAUUAUGGAAAAAUGUUUAAUGAUUGUCUGACUAACCACUUUUAUGGACGUUGACCCGUUUUUAUGGAUGUGAGAUCAUGGGAAAUAUCUGUUGGCUAUUGUACUCAUGUUGUACAUCUUAUUAUUAUUUAUGUUUCUCAGUGUCUUUCCACAUCAAAAGUAGCCUCUGGGUCCUCUGGACUUGAACAGUGUUGAUUAAGAAAUGACACGCCUGCAGACAAGUAUAGACUUAGGAACAUAGCAUUACUCCAAAUGUUCUUGCUAUCAACAAAUAGCCCCAUUCACCCCUUUCCAAAGUUAUCGUCAUCCUUUACAUCUUACCCUACAAGCUUUAUGAUGGUCAUUAUGUCUGCGAAAAUCCAUUCCAUCCCUCCUAUUAAGGCUGGCGUGGUGUUAGAGAGUUGGAGCGAGCUCUGCAAAAGUAUUUCCCUGGCACUGUAUGUUCCAUCAGAGCCGCUGACAGGAGAACAAUGUUUGUUUUCACCCAUCUUCUCUAACAUCUCAGAUUGGAGCGCACAGUAAGGAAUGGGGUGGAACUGAUAGUUGACAUUUUUUUGUCACCACAGCACACUUUUACCGGAGUAACGGUCUGUGUUAGGAGCGCUCUCUGCUCGCUACACCAGCAAACAACAACACCCCUGGAGCUAGGGUCUCAAGUAAAUUCACUCUCUUUUCCCAAUGAUGUGCUCUCAGGCACUAAAGGAUCUUCUCUUAGAAUGUUUCUGUAAUAUAGAAACAAAUCAACUUUAUUUACUCUGUGUGGUAACCGUGGGCCGUGGUAUACUAAAAUCAACGCAUCGUAGACAACAUGUGUAGACUAACAAUGAAACACUUACUUACGGGUCCAUUUCCAACAAUGCAGAGUUAAAGACAAGAUUUUUUUUAAAUAAAAAAAAUAGUGACACAAGGAAUAAAUACACAGUGAAU